AUGAGGCUGCUUGUUCUUGCUCUGGCUAUUGCCCUUGUGGCAAGUCAGCAUGUUAACCUUGCCCCUGAGUUUGCCGCCUCCAAGACCUAUGUGUACAAGUAUGAGGCACUGCUCCUGGGCGGCCUUCCUGUGGAAGGACUGGCCAGAGCAGGACUGAAAGUCAGCAGCAAAGUUCUCAUCAGUGCUGUGGCUGACAACAUCUUCCUGCUGAAGCUUGCAGAACCUGAGAUCUUCGAGUACAGUGGUGUGUGGCCCAAGGAUCCUUUUGUCCCAGCUACCAAGCUCACCGCAGCUCUGGCUUCCCAGCUCUUGAUGCCCAUCAAGUUUGAGUAUGUCAAUGGUGUGGUUGGUAAGGUCUUUGCCCCCGCUGGAGUAUCCACCACAGUACUGAAUGUCCACAGAGGUAUCCUUAACAUCCUUCAGCUCAACCUGAAGAAGACCCAGAACGUUUAUGAGCUGCAAGAGGCUGGAGCCCAGGGAGUGUGCAAGACCCACUACCUCAUCAGUGAGGAUGUCAAGGCCCAGCGCAUUCUUGUCACCAAGUCCAAGGACCUUGGCAAUUGUCAGGAGAGGAUCAUCAAGGAUUUGGGUCUGGCUUACCUGGAAACCCUGUUUCAAUGUCAUCUCCACAUACAGCAAGCCAAGUCUCUGACUGGAGCUGCCACCUACAGUUACAUCAUGAAGCCAAGUGCCACUGGUGCUCUGAUCACUGAGGCCACAGUGAGGGAGCUUCACCAGGUCACCCCUGUUGCCGAGAUGGGCGGAGUUGCCCAGAUGGAAGCCAAGCAAUCUUUGAAAUUCCUGGAGAUUGAGAAGACCCCCAUCGUCCCCAUCCAUGCUGACUACCUGGCCCGUGGAUCUAUUAUGUAUGAGUUCGGCACUGAGAUUCUUCAGACUCCAAUUCAGCUUUUGAGGAUUAACAACGCCCAGGCUCAGGCUGUUGAGAUCCUCAACCAUCUGGUUGCCCACAAUGUGGCUAAGGUCCACGAAGAUGCCCCUCUUAAGUUCAUCCAGCUGAUCCAGGUCUUGCGUGUGGCCACCUUCGAGAACAUUGAGGCCAUCUGGGCUCAGUUCCAUGCCAGGCCCGAGUACAGACGCUGGAUUCUGGACACCAUUCCAGUUGUUGGAACAACAGCUGCUUUGAGGUUCAUCGAGGAGAAAUUCCUGACUGGAGCAAUCACCAUUCCCGAAACCGUUCAGAUCUUUGUGGCUGCUGUGCAUAUGGUUCCUGCUGAUGCGGAGGUCAUCGGACUUGUGUCUAGCCUGGCCCUCAACCAUAAGGUUCAGGCACAGCCUGUUCUGCGUGAGAUCGCCAUGUUGGGUUAUGGUACCAUGAUUGCCAAGUACUGUGCUGCCGUUCCCACUUGCCCAGCUGAACUCCUGAAGCCCAUCCACACCCUUGCUGCUGAGGCCAUUCCUAAGGCUGAUAUUGCUGAGAUCACCCUGCUCCUCAAGGUCCUGGGUAAUGCUGGUCAUCCCGCCAGUCUUAAGCCCAUCAUGAAGCUCCUUCCUGGAUUUGGCUCGGCCGCUGCUGCUCUCCCCAUCAGAGUCCAAGUCGAUGCCAUCCUGGCCCUUAGGACCAUUGCCAAGAAGGAGCCUAAGAUGAUCCAGCCAGUGGCCCUGCAGCUGUUCAUGGACAAGGCUCUUCACCCUGAGCUGCGUAUGGUGGCCGCUGUGGUUCUGUUUGAGACCAGACCCCCAGUCGCACUGGUGUCCACCAUUGCCAACGUUCUGAAGAAGGAGACCAGCAUGCAGAUUGUGAGCUUUGUGUACUCAUACAUCAGAUCCCUCACCAAGAGCACUGCCCCAGACCUUGCCGGAGUUGCUGCAGCUAGCAAUGUUGCCAUGAAGAUCCUUAGCCCCAAGCUGGACAGACUAAGCUACCGCUACAGCAAAGCCAUCCACCUGGACAUCUUCAGAAGCCCUGUCAUGGCUGGAGCUGCCGGCACUGCCUUCAUCAUCAACGAUGGUGCUACUCUUCUGCCCAGAGCCAUUGUGGCCAAGGCUCGUGCCUACCUUGCUGGAGCUGCUGCUGAUCUUAUUGAGGUUGGAGUGAGAACUGAGGGACUUCAGGAGGCUCUUCUGAAAACUCGCGCUCUGGAGGACUUAGAAAAUGACAGACUUACCAAGAUGCAGCGGGUUAUGAAGGCUCUUGCUGACUGGAAGGCCCUGCCAAAGAACCAGCCACUGGGAUCUUUCUAUGUGAAAUUCCUUGGACAGGAGAUUGCCUUUGCCAAUAUUGACAAAGCUCUCAUUGAUCAAGGAGUCCAGCUUGCCCAGACCGUUGAUGCCAAGACCAUUCUGAAGGAUGCCCUGAAGGCACUGCAGACUGGCAUUGCUGCCCACAUCGCUAAGCCUCUGUUGGCUGCUGAGGUUCGUCGCAUCUUCCCCACUGCUGUUGGUGUGCCCAUGGAACUCAGUCUCUACUCUGCUGCUGUUGCUACUGCCACCGUCAAAGUUAAGGGAAUCAUUACCCCAUCUCUUGCUGAGCCCCUCAAUGCUGCCGAGCUGCUGAAGGCUGACAUUAACCUGGAGGCUGAGGCCAUGCCAAGCAUUUCCAUGCACACCUUUGCUGUGAUUGGUGUCAACACUGCCCUGAUCCAGGCUGCAGUCAUGGCCCGUGCCAGGGUGCUCACUGCUGUGCCAGCUAGAGUUGCCGUGAGAGCUGAUAUUCCCAAACUCAACUUCAAGAUUGAGGCCCUCCCCAUUGCAACUCCUGAGCACAUUGCUGUUGCUCGUUUUGAGACUCUGGCUAUUGCUCGCAACAUUGAGGACCUUGCAGCUGAGAAAAUCACAACUAUUGUACCAGUUGUUGCUGCCCAACGUGUGUCUAUCGAGAGACUGUCUAUGGACCAGAGCCUUGCCCAGUCCUCUGAGAUCAUUUACUCUUCAAUUGAAGUCCAGCCUCAGUUGAGUGCACCCAUCCACAAGACCUUCUGUCUCCCUGCACCCUUCCUGGGACUCAGGGGAUGUGCUGAGGUGUCCACCACCAAUGGAGUCCUCAUCAAGACUGUGCCUUUGCUCAACAUUCUGGGACAGCAUGCUGCUCUGAUCUCUCUGAAACAAGCUGAAGGCCCCGCAAUUGAGAGACUGGAGGUUGAGGUGCAAGUCGGACCCAAGGCUGCCGAGAAGAUCCUGAAGGAGAUCAACAUCAUUGAGGAGGAGAGCGCCGCAGGUAGAACUAUUGUGUCCAAACUGAAGAAGAUCCUCGAGCCUGCCGUGAAGAGCAGUUCUAGCAUGAGCUCCAGCAGCAGCCUGAUCGACUCCGACUGGUUCGGAUCCAGCAGCAUCCUCAGCUCCUCCAGCAGCUCUUCCAGUGCCCGCUUGGAAAAGACCUCAAUGAAGCAAUAUCCAUUCAAGAAAUUCCACAAGAACCAGCACCUGAACUCCCAGUUCACCUCGGCUCAGCUCAGGAGCAGCGCAAGCAGUGCAUCCAGCUUUGAGGCCAUUUACAGAGAGAACAAGUUCCUUGGCAAUGCUGUCACACCUGUUGUGGUGGCGCUCUUCCGUGCCGUGAGAGCCGACCACAAGCUUCUGGGCUACCAGGCUGCCGCCUACCUUGACAAAGCCAACUGGAGGCUCCAGACCAUCAUCUCUGCUCUGGCUGAGACUGACAACUGGAAGAUGUGUGCUGAUGGUGUUAUCCUGAGCAAGUUCAAAGUCAUGUCAAAGAUCGCCUGGGGUAAAGAGUGCACUGAAUAUGCCACCAUCUUGAAGGCCGAGGCUGGCAUUCUCGGUACAGCCCCUGCUGCCCGUGUGGAGUUUGAAUGGGUGAAGAUCCCUGAUAUUGUCACCACCUAUGCAACUAAUCUGAACAAGUACAUCCCUGGUGCUGCUUUGAUGGCCGGAAUCACCGUGGCCAAGGCCAAGAACAGUGAAAGACAGAUGGAACUGACCGUUGCCAUCCCAACUGAGAGGACCGUUGAUGUCAUUGUGAAACUGCCACUGUUAACUCUUUCCAAACUGGCCCUGCCCCUGCCCAUUCCUGUGCCCAUUGGUGCUAACGGAGUUAUCCGCAUCAUUCCUGAAGACAGCAUCCUUGAGCAGCUGCAGCACCUGUAUGGUGAGGCCACUUCAGUCCAGUGCAGCCUGGUUCAAAACAAAUUGACCACAUUCAACUCCAGGACAUACCAACUGCAGACACCAGCUGCCUGCUACCAGGUGCUGGCCCAGGACUGCUCUUCAGAGCUCAAGUUCACCGUCCUCCUGAAGAAGGAUCAGCUCACUGAGCAGAACCACAUCAAUGUGAAGAUUGCAGAUGUGGAUGUUGACCUGUACCCCGUUGGCUCUGAUGUGCUGGUUAAGGUCAAUGGAAUGGAGGUUCCCAUUAACAACCUUCCUUACAAACACCCAUCUGGCACUGUCCAGAUCAGACAGAAAGCUCAGGGCCUGGCACUUCACGCCCCUAGCCUGGGUCUUCAGGAGGUUUACUUCAGCAAGGACCAAUGGAAGGUGAAUGUUGUGGACUGGAUGAAGGGCCAGACUUGUGGUCUCUGUGGCAAGGCUGACGGAGAGACCAGACAGGAAUACUCCACACCAAGUGGCUACGUGACUGAGAGCCCUGUCAGCUUCGCCCACUCCUGGGUGCUUUCUGCCGAGAGCUGCCGCGACAGCACCCAGUGCCGUCUGAAGCUUGAAUCCGUGAAGCUGGAGAAGCAGAUCAAUGUGAACGGACAGGACUCCAAAUGCUACUCUGUCGAGCCCGUGCUGCGCUGUCUGCCUGGAUGCCUCCCACUGAAGACCAUGCCAGUCACCAUUGGAUACCGCUGCCUGCCCAUUGAAUCCAGAUCCCUGGACAUGGGCAACCUGAAUGAGAAGAGCGUGGAUCUGAGGGAGACAGCAGAGGCCCACAUGGCAUGCCAGUGCAAUGCUCAAUGUGCAUAGAAUGUUUCAUGUCCAUAUACUGUAGUAUUAAUAAAUAUUUAUCAAUGAAGGGUCCAUUUGUGAAAUA